AUGAUGAUAAGUUUCCGCAGAAAAGGCGGCAACGAGGAUGAUGAUGGUGACAAUAACGAUAAUGAUGGUGACACUGCUAAUACUCAGCCAUACAAGGCGCUGUACAGAUGCGGAUUUCCGCACUGUUUCGCUCCCUACACUCAUCUGAACUGGCUGUACAAGCAUAUGUGCAGUCAUGUGCAUGCAGAUCCAUUCAUUUGCCAUUAUAAAGGUUGUGGAAAGAAAAUGGAUAGCGAAGACAAGCUACUCGAGUGA